AUCCCCGCAUUCGAGUUCACUGCUCGAGGACAAGUGGCUUAUCUGCCAUGAAAGCGACUAAGAUAUUGCUCAAUGCGGCCCUUCGAAGCCCAGAGCUCCGCUCAAAGAGCAUCAGCUUUAUUGGGCUGGGUCGGAUGGGCUCGGAGAUGGCGUACAACUUGUUCUCGAAACGAUUCGCGGAGGCCACUGACUCGCACUUCGUCGUUUGCGACGCUGUCGAGGAGGCGACGAAAUCAUUCCAGGACAAUUUUCUCGGACAGUUUCCCGGUGCGAAACUAGACGUUGUAAAGACCCCCCAAGAGGCCGUGUUAUCGUCCGAAACGAUCAUUACCAUGCUUCCAUCAACACCUCAGGUUAACACCGUGUACCGACAGCUUACUGGGAUAAUACCUACUCUGCGAUCUUUCCCAUCCGCUGGAUUCACCUUGUUAAUUGAUUCGACGACCCUGGAUGUACAGGUGGCCAGAAGCAUAGCGGCAGAGGUCAUCGACACCGGUGCCGACAUGGUGGAUGCGCCCGUAUCCGGUGGCGUCCUGGGAGCGAAGGCAGGUACCCUCUCCUUCCUAGUUGGAGGCAUGUCCACCGCGUUCGAACGUGCUCGGCCACUGCUUGAGCUCAUGGGAAAGCGAAUCUUCCAUUGCGGAGGCUCUGGAGCGGGCCUAGGUGCAAAGAUAUGCAACAACCUUGUUCUCGGAGUAGAACAAAUUGUCGUAGCGGAGGCCAUGCUACUCGGACAGAAGUUGGGCCUUGAUCCCGCUGUCCUUGCCUCGGUCAUUAACAGUUCAACGGGAGCAUGUUGGUCGUCUUCCAUAAACAACCCAGUACCAGGCGCUCUACCUGAUAAAUCUCCGCCAUGCGAGAGAGAUUUCGAAGGUGGUUUUGCGACUGCUCUUAUGUUGAAGGACAUGGGUCUGGCUACGAAUAUAGCUAGGAAUACUGGGGCACCUCUACCACUAGGGGAAGCUGCAGAGAAACUGUAUGCUCACGUCCUGGUGGAGGACCCGCAGCUGAUAAGAAAGGAUUUCUCCUCUGUAUACCGCUACCUAUCGCAAUGCGCUCAAGAGGGCAAGAGAGUACGGAUCGAGGAGAUUGCAUCUGCCGAGGAAAAAUCAUAAAGUACGUUACAAAGGAUAUCACGUACAUAUAACCGUGUGCUGCAUUACGCCACUAUGGUUGAGUCUAGCCUUUGAGCGCCAUCACGGACAGCUCACGGCUAUGACGUGCUCUAAAGCCAUCUAUCUUCCGAACCUGACACUUCCCAGAAGUCCACAUCUUGGCUCAGUUUAGAGAGACGCAAGGUCGGAAUGUAUUGGAG